GCAGCUGACAAAGUUCGAGGUUUGUUUUAAAAUUUAACAAAGCCUUUUGCAAUGCAGACUGCAUUUUUUCCAGCAGUAACACAGACUGAUCAUCUCCAUACCACUAUGCCAAAAAGAUGUAGUAUUUUGCUCCAAAGUAGCCCAUGACGAAGUUAGUGGAUAUACCUCAGAGUACACAAAUAUACUUUAAAGAAAUCUGGUGUCUAAUAAAAAUGCUUUCUUUUUAUUUGUAUUAUGUAUUACUUUUCCAAGAAAAGGGUUGUGUGGGGUUUUGCUGUAAACUACAAUUGGUAAUGACCUUAAAUUUAUCACUAGUUUGUUGCCUUUUGUAUUCAAAUAGUUCCUGAUGGUAUUCUAAUUUGAGAUCCACCUCGGCGUGCAAUGGAACACAUAUUUCUUACAUGACCCUUAAAAUGAAAAAUAUGUCUCUUUGAAAGUCCAGGCAAGUACAACCUUUGUCAGUACUAGGGUUUAAAUGUUUCAUUUUGAUGUGUUAAAUUAUCUGAUCUUUACCAGAUUCCAAAUGCUUUUAAAUGUAACUGGAAGAGUGUCAAACUAUGCACAACAGAUUCUACAGUAUUACUAAUUACAUGAUUAAUAAAAAAAAAAUGAAGUAUUGCCUAAGAAACAUGCAUACUUAAAGCUUUUACAUUCAUUUGUAUGAUGUUUAAUAGAAUGUUAAUGGAAAUGUUGCCUUAUAUUUGAAGCCAUUGUUAUAAUUUGUAUUUUGUAUGUAUUGUAGCUUGUAAAGUCUUAUGAAAAGCAUCCUAAAUUUGACUACAAGCCCAAGCAAAAAAACAAGACAAAAAACAAAUACCGGACAACUUCUCUGUAAAGAUGUUUGCCAGACAAUUGUUUAAUUUUGUUUAAAUAAAAAUAAUCAUAUCAAUUUUACUUAACCUGAUAUUUACUAGUUUAACAAAACACAUUUUUUGCAGUAUUUGUUCAUUUAUUUUCCCAUAAACUAAACGGGAUCACUCCUGCCAGGAGAUCGAAACGGAUGACUUGCAGGUCAUGAUUGGCACCGCUAGAUGGCGCACAGUGACUACGAUUCAGACGUAAUGACGUCAAAUACACGUUCGAAAAAGAAGCGCGAGCAAAAGAAAUGAGCCGAGACGUACACGAGAUUGUUUUGCUAAAUAUCCUGAGUUGAUUCUGGUUAUAUUAUUUGUCUCUGUUAAAAUGUCUCUGUUAAAACCGUUCAGUAAACUUCCUGAUCUGAAUACGGCCAACAUCCUGCUGGUGGAGAAUGAGGAGCAGUUUCAGCAGAACUUGGCAGAUACCCUGGUGGAGGAGACGGCUGUAACCGUGAAUGUGAGACUAGCCAAGAGUCUCCCACUUCCCAUGGAGAACGAUGAGAGUCGACCGAGGAUCGACCUGGUGGUGUUCAUCAUUAAUCUGACCUCGGACAAGAGUUUUGAGUCAGCAAAAGCUUCUCUGAAAUAUUUAGAUCCUGGAUAUUUCCUUGGGAAAGUCUGCUUCGUGGCUACUAAUGCUCGCCAUGCCUCAGUCCGCACAGGGUGCCUGGAUGCUCUCAGACAGCUUGCCGUCUUGCUCCACUGCCCUCUGUUGUUUGCUGAGGAUCAGUCUCCUGAAGGAGCAACGAGUUCAGCGCGAAGACUGCUCACUAUCCUCAAAGUGGCGUCUGGUCUCGUUCCGAACACUACCGCUCUGUACCUGUCCAGUCUGACCAGGUGCACCAUGCCGCCGGACAUCGACCAGCCAAGUUUCGAUUAGCUCCCCUCUGUCAUUUCAUUGAAGUAAAAUCUUUCCUGCUGUCUUUGUUUGUAUUUCUUUGUAAUGCUUUAUUUCAUUUGUUUCAUCUGUGUGUCUGUUGAUGUAUUGAGUUUUAAAGAUGGUAUGCCAUAGUUUUUUGUUUUUUUUUCAAUAUGCUGUACAUAGUGCUGUGUGUUUAACCUAAAUAUGUGCUUUAAUACAAAUCUUCUGUUAAUAUAAGGAAAUGUAUGUAAUUAGGAUUUAUAACUUUGAAUUCUGUUCGUCAAAUAAAAAUCUAAUCUUAGCUCAA